CGCUCGCUCCUGCAGCUCCCAAAGCCGGCUUCGCCGGGCGGGCGGCAGCUGGGUAGUCACCGACCGCCACGAAGCUACUGCCACGUCAGAGCAACUUCACAAAUCCCGGACGAGGGCAGGUGACGCAAGCCGGGCGGCCGCGGCAGGGCUGGGCCUGCGGCCACCCGAGGAGGCUGACCUCCAGCCCGGGCGCCCGGUUCAGCAACGCCCCGGCCGGCGCCGGCGCCGGUGCCUGCCAGGCACUCAGGGAGGCGGGGGCGCAGCGGAGGAGGCAGCGCCAUCGCGAAGCGAGCGCCUCGCCCGCACUCAGCCUUGCCACCCCGCCUGCAGUCCGGGCUGGACUGGGCGGCAUUUGCCGAGGCUCCUCGGCCAGUCCCCGUCCGCCCGAGCCGCGCUGAGACCCGGGCGGCGGCCGCGUGGAGAGGAGGUGGCAGCGGCCCGGGCGGUCGGAGCCAAGCCGGCGACCCACCAUGGAGACCCGCUACAACCUGAAGAGUCCGGCUGUUAAACGUUUAAUGAAAGAAGCGGCAGAAUUGAAAGAUCCAACAGAUCAUUACCAUGCGCAGCCUUUAGAGGAUAACCUUUUUGAAUGGCACUUCACAGUUAGAGGGCCCCCAGACUCCGAUUUUGAUGGAGGAGUUUAUCACGGGCGGAUAGUACUGCCACCAGAGUAUCCCAUGAAACCACCAAGCAUUAUUCUCCUAACGGCUAAUGGACGAUUUGAAGUGGGCAAGAAAAUCUGUUUGAGCAUCUCAGGACAUCAUCCUGAAACUUGGCAGCCUUCGUGGAGCAUAAGGACAGCAUUAUUAGCCAUCAUUGGGUUUAUGCCAACAAAAGGAGAGGGAGCCAUAGGUUCUCUAGAUUACACUCCUGAGGAAAGAAGAGCACUUGCCAAAAAAUCACAAGAUUUCUGUUGUGAAGGAUGUGGCUGUGCCAUGAAGGAUGUCCUGUUGCCUUUAAAAUCUGGAAGCGAUUCAAGCCAAGCUGACCAAGAAGCCAAAGAACUGGCUAGGCAAAUCAGCUUUAAGGCAGAAGUCAAUUCAUCUGGAAAGACUAUCUCUGAGUCAGACUUAAACCACUCUUUUUCACUAACUGAUUUACAAGAUGAUAUACCUACAACAUUCCAGGGUGCUACGGCCAGUACAUCGUACGGAGUCCAGAAUUCCUCAGCAGCAUCCUUUCAUCAACCUACCCAACCUGUAGCUAAGAAUACCUCCAUGAGCCCUCGACAGCGCCGGGCCCAGCAGCAGAGUCAGAGAAGGUCGUCUACUUCACCAGAUGUAAUCCAGGGCCACCAGCCAAGAGACAACCACACUGAUCAUGGUGGAUCAGCUGUACUGAUUGUCAUCCUGACUUUGGCAUUGGCAGCUCUUAUAUUCCGACGGAUAUAUCUGGCCAAUGAAUACAUAUUUGACUUUGAGUUAUAAUAUUGUUUUGUGACUUAUGAGCUGUGACUCAACUGCUUCAUUAAACAUUCUGCAUUGGGUAUAAUCUAAGAAUUGUUUACAAAAAGAUUAUUUUGUAUUUACCCUUCAUUCCUUUUUUUGAUCCUUAUAAGUUUAGCAUAAAUAUAUCUAGACAUUCAGACUAUGUCUAGCAGUUAUGUCCUGCUUAAAGGGACUGGAAGUCAAAGUUCCUUGUCUCACUAUUUGAUCUGCUUUGCAGGGAAAUAACUUGUUUUUUUCUCAUGCUUCACCUUCUUUUUGUGUAAAUUUGUAAUACUUUCCUAUAUUGCCCUUUGAAAUUUUUGGAUAAAAGAUGAUGUUUUAAGUUCCGAUGAGUAUUACUAGUUACUCAAUACCACUUACUGAGUACUCUGUUUCUAUGUAUGUGGAAUGUAUAGGGAUAGAAGAGUUGAAAAGGGAAAGCAAAACUCCUCAAGUAGCUUCCUUAAAAUGUCAUUCAUAGGAGAUGUACUGGGGUUGCUCAUUCUGUGACUUUAUUUGUGUCCUAAACAUUCUUCAGUGAAAAUAAUUUUAUUUCAGUCAAACAUUUAUUAGGAAAUGAGAUCACAUCUUUGUCACUGGAUGCUACUUGAAGAGGGAGUACUUUGUAACCACUUUGAUAUGCAGUUAUCACCACCCCCUGCCCCCUGAUGCCAUACUCAC